GGCGACAGCCGGAGGAGGGGAAGCUCUUCGGCUUCCUCAGCCGCUAAGAUGCAGGCGAGACUUCGCCUCCCGACAGCGAGAGCUGCGAGCCCGCCCGCCACCUCCUCCGCUAAAACUUUUGGCCCCGGCCAUAAAAGCGUCCGCGGCUCAGCCGCUCCGCUUGGCGAGGGCCCAGGGGCAGCUGGCAAAUAACUGCGACCCCUCAAGCCAAAGGACGGGCCAGGCAACAGCGAUUUGCCAGCGGGGCCGUCCGCGUCCCGCCCGCACCGCGCCGCGCACCGCGGAUGCCGGCAGGUUUAAAGCCGGGAGUGGCAAUGCCAGGCGCCCAGAGGUGACGGCUCCGAUUCCGGCUGAGUCUGAGAACAGCGGGCCGUCCUCUCCGCGCCCUCUGAGCCGCUCGCCUUUGCUCCCUGCGGCGGGCUGGGCUGGCCCCGUCCAGUCCCCGCAGGCCAGCAGGCGGGUGGGAGGGAGAGAGAGAGGGAGGGGGCGCAGCAGCCCGCUCACUCCCGGUCCGCGGAGCUGCUCAGGGCAGGUGGCUGCCUUGGGGCGAGAGGGUUAAAGAGCUCGGAAGGUGAUAACUGCGCAGGGAUCGGGCGCAACUGGCAUUUGCCUGCACAUGACCUGCCAAGCUCCGGGUGACAGGUACCGGGGCUCUUAAUGAGUUUCCCAAAGGCUUGGAUCUGAACGCCGCCGUCGCCGCUCUCCUCGGAGCCGCGGCUGUCCGUUAGUGCUGCCGCCGGCUGCACAGCUCCUCUCCAUCCUCCUCAAGGUCUCGGAUGGAAGCAGUGUGCAACAGCAUGGCCCUCGAGAGGCUCGGGGAAGCGCUGCGCGGCAUGCCCCCGUUGCAAAGCUCCCUCCUGCUUCUCCUCUGCCUGCUCGCCGCCAUCCACCUGGGCAAGCUCCUCCUGCAGCAUCAGCAGCGCCGGCGGCAAGGCCAGCGCCGGGCACCGCCGGGCCCUUUCCCCUGGCCCCUGAUCGGCAACGCGGCGCAGCUGGGCAGCGCCCCGCACCUCUCCUUCGCCCGGCUGGCCAGCACCUACGGCGCCGUGUUCCAGCUGCGCCUGGGGCGCUGGCCCGUGGUGGUGCUGAACGGGGAGCGCGCCAUCCGCCAGGCCCUCGUCCGCCAGGGGGCCGCCUUCGCGGGCCGCCCGCCCUUCCCGUCCUUCCAGCUGGUGUCGGGCGGGCUCAGCCUGGCCUUCGGCGGAUACUCGGAGCUCUGGAAGCUGCACCGGCGGGCGGCGCACGCCACGGUGCGCGCCUUCUCCACGGGCAGCCCCGCCACCCGCCGCCUGCUGGAGCGGCACCUGGUGGGCGAGGCGCGGGCGCUGGUGGCGCUGCUGGUGCGCGGCAGCGCCGGCGGCGCCUUCCUCGACCCCUCGCGCGUCCUGGUGGUGGCCGUGGCCAACGUGAUGAGCGCCCUGUGCUUCGGCCGCCGCUACAGCCACGGCGACGGCGAGUUCCUGCGCAUCGUGGGGCGGAACGAGCAGUUCGGGCGAGCGGUGGGCGCCGGCAGCCUGGUGGAUGCGCUGCCCUGGCUCCAGCGCUUCCCCAGCCCCGUCCGCGCCGCCUACCGCGCCUUCCGCGACCUCAACCGCGACUUCUACGGCUUCGUCCGCGGCAAGUUCCUGCAGCACCAGCGCAGCCUGCGCCCCGGGGCCGCCCCCCGCGACAUGAUGGACGCCUUCAUCCGCCUGCAGCGGGAGCAGCCGUGGCUGCAGCUCGAGCACGUGCCCGCCACCGUCACCGACAUCUUCGGCGCCAGCCAGGACACCCUCUCCACCGCCCUGCAGUGGCUCCUCAUCUUCCUCAUCAGGUAUCCGAAAGUGCAGGCUAAAAUGCAAGAAGAAGUGGAUAGGAUUGUUGGAAGAGACCGUCUGCCAUGUGUUGAAGAUCAGCCUCACCUGCCCUACAUCAUGGCUUUCCUGUAUGAAUCCAUGCGUUUCAGCAGCUUUGUGCCUGUGACUAUCCCACACGCCACCACAACCAACACCUUCAUCAUGGGCUACCUCAUUCCCAAGGACACUGUCAUCUUUGUCAAUCAGUGGUCAGUGAAUCAUGACCCAGCAAAAUGGUCCAACCCAGAGGAUUUUGAUCCAACAAGAUUCCUGGAUGAGAAUGGGUUGAUCAAUAAAGAUCUCACUAGCAGCGUGAUGAUUUUCUCAUUGGGAAAGCGUCGAUGUAUUGGAGAGGAGUUAUCCAAGGUACAGCUCUUUCUCUUUACCUCCAUACUGGUGCAUCAGUGCAAUUUUACUGCUAAUCCAAAUGAGGACCCUAAAAUGGACUUUACCUAUGGGCUGACCAUUAAACCUAAGCCGUUCACUUUGAAUGUUACGCUCCGAGAUACGAUGGAGUUGCUUGAUCAGGCUGUCCAAAGACUGCAAGCAGAGAAAGCAGCCAGUGAAAGUCAGCUGUCAGCAAAUGCUUAAGCAAUAAACCUUGCAUCUACAGAUAAUCCCCCUCUCUCUUUUUAGAUUUAUAUAACUCAUAGCUUGUUCUGGUGAUAUUUUUGGUACAUAGCCAAUAUUACAUGCUAUAAAAGCAGGAAGAAAAGUUGCACAAGGUAUAAUUCAAGUAAUCUUUUUAAUUCUAGAAGGAGAGCCAAGGGAACAAUAUAUUAAAUGAUAAAACAUAUGCAAUUUGAAAGUAAGCCUUUUCUUUUCUAGCUUGUUCACAGAAGUUGUCAAUGUAAAGUGCUUUUUAUCUACUGACUGGUUGGAGCAUCUCCAGGAACUGUCUCUAUAAUCCUUUCCAUGUCUCCAUGCUCUCUGCCUUAACUCUAAGUUUGCCUUCAGUGACUCCACAUUCAGAAGUGAAAUCACUUAUUAAAAAACAAAACAAAACCAGUUGCUCAGAAAACUGCAGCCUGCUUCUGAAUUUACUCUGCUGGAAACUACCAUAGGCUCAUGGCAACUCUGGUGUUCUGGCUGCUGGGAUGUACAUUAAUGCCUCGAUAAUAAGUGUUCGCAGGAUUUUUGGUAAAAUGGCAAUGUAAAGUCUUGCCUUCAGCUUUCCAAAGUGUUUACAUAAAUGCCUAAAACAAUAAAAGUCUUGCUUGUAAGCAUGUUUGAAACUAAAAUUCAUGUCUUACAUGAAAAUUAGUAGAAUGUUCUACUAUAGUAACUUUCCACAAAGUUUUGAAAGAUCAGAAUUUUUGUCACUAGAUGGCAAGGGUGAUACAAAUCAUAUGCUAACCUGUUCAUUAGCAUAUUUACGAACAAAGUAAGUAUUUGAAUGAGAUUUAUAAAGGUAUAGCUGAACUUUUUGUUUCUUUAGGAAGGAGUUAAUACAGCUGUCCCUAAGCACAUAGGUAAGUCUAGUAAAAUCCACAUUGGCCAAGAUAGACAGAAGUGAGACUGGGGGGGUUUAUAUUAAAAUAUUAUUGCCACAAGCUUCAAGCAAAGCACACAGCAAAUAAUACCUCUACUCACUAGUCAUUCUGUUAGGCUGAGUUAAAUAGUAUAUCUUAAAAUCAACUAUGUACUUUUAGCACAAUUUGUUUGGAACAAAGUCCCAGAAGGAAAAUAAACAUUACAUGUCCUAAUUAAAGUACCCAUUAACUGAACAAAAAGUUCUUUUACAAUAUUUGUGAGGCAAAGUUCAUAAUUUUUCUUUUUAAACACCCCUUAUUUUAAAGUAAAGCACACAUGAAACUUUAUGAUGUGGAACCUCCAGCUAAUCUUUGUUUCACAAAGCUGCAAAUUUCUCUAGAAAGCAAACAGCCCUAUGUAAAUGCCUGAUUUGAAAAGUGGUGGGCACUUCUUUGGAGCUGCAGAUUGCCUUCAAUUACAUAUGAAAUCCAUCAGACAUGAGAGUUCCUCACAUGACUUGCUGUGCUCAGCCAGGGUUACAGUUAUCAGUACCAGAUAAGGUAUUAGCAGAGCUAGAAAAACAAGGUUACAGUGCUACACAGUGAAGUAGCUCUACUGAGACCUAAGCAAGUAAGGAUUUGCACUGUGACUUCUGAUAGAUGGCCAGUCUCAGUGACGCUGGCAGUAGGGACAGAGCUCCUACUGGCACUGGGAAGAGCUGGCUUAACACAACCCCGAUCUUACCUACAAGUUUGCUACUGAUUUAAAAAGCCUGAAUCAAGCCUGCAAGCACUGCUCUAUAAGCCCACACAGUACUAAUGUACCUGCUUAAAGUCUCUGGCUUCAUAUGGUAUCUAUUAUCUGGUUUAGAGCUAAAAAAAGCUUUCUGCUACAUACACAUGAAGUGACCUCAGGUGUUUUUGUGAAUUACAUACAAGUUUGUGAUAUCCCAGAACUUAGCCUAUAUCUGUGAAAAGCUUUAUAAGAUACUCAGCAUUUUCAUAUGGAGAUCUACAUUAGAUCAAAUGCUAGCAUGACAAUUUUUCUUUUACUUUUGUAAGUGUUGUUAUUAAAAGAAAUAAAGUAUGUAACCUAUAGCUGAAUCGCUAUUCUAAUGCAAGGAUAAUCAAUUCAUAUUUUAAUAAAAAAUGUCUUUUGCAAUUUUUUACCUUUCCAAAAGCUGUAACUAUGCAUUGGCUACUAGUGCAAAAUCCAUCCACACUGCUCAGGUCAGUCAAGAGGUUACAUGCUAUAUAGCUGUUGGUCACAUAAAGCCACAUGUACUCUGCAAAGUUAUUCAAAUUUAGUAGCACCUAUUUAGAAUGUAUGCAGUCAUUUAGCAAGCUAAAUUCUAUGGUAGUUUUGAGAUGUAUCAUUGUGUUCCCAAAAUAUUAAAUAAAAUUAUUCUUACACUA